GAUAGUUUAUGUCUACGAAUCGUUGGUUUUGAAGUUCCGUCUGCCGUAGCGAAGGGACAGUCGAUUGGACUCCACUGUAACUUCGAUCUGGAAGGGGAUGAGCUCUACUCUGUUAAGUAUUAUAAGGAUUACGUCGAGUUUUAUCGAUAUUUGCCGACGGAUGAGCCCCGACCCGCACAAAAGUUUAAGCUUAAGGGAGCUUAUGUUGACCUACAAGUUCUCACAUCUCAAUUCCCGUUAAAAAUGUAA